ACGCGACCGUGGAAGCUUUUUACUUCUUACUCUCAUCUCCCUAAUCGUCCCUUGGCCCUUCCCCCGCUUCCUUUACAUUACGCUUGCCUCGAAGGUUCGACGCAAUCAGCAACGCUAAUGGUCAAAAGCCGGAGCGAGGAUCUUGGCCGUCGUCGAUCGCUCUCUGACUUUGACCCACUUGCUGCUGCUCUUCUCCCCCCGUCAAACGAGACCCCCGAAGAGAAGGAGCUACGCAUAAGAGCAGAGAAUGAAGCUAAAAAGAUCAGUGAUGGUAUCGAUGAAAUGCUUAGGCAGGAACGGAUAGAACGCAAGAAGACGCGCGCGGAGGUCCAUGUCCUUCUACUUGGGCAAUCAGAAUCUGGGAAGAGUACAACCUUAAAACAAUUCCAAUUGCUUCAUACCCCCUCCGCUUUCCACGCAGAGCGUAUCGCUUGGAGAGCUGUAAUUUAUUUAAAUUUAGUGAGAUCAGUCAGACGAAUUCUUGAUGCAUUGUCACCGGAAGCAGACGUCGACGAUCACGACGAGGACUCCAACGAAACAGCCAGCAUCAUUAUUUCCUCCAAUGGUCGUCCACCCUCUGCUUUAUCAGCCACGAGGGUGCCAAUGUACGAUAUGUACAAACAACGCCUGGAACCUCUUAUAGAGUUGGAGGCGAAAUUGACCCGUCUUCUCACUGCUCCGGACGAAGAAGAACCAACUCGUCUGUCACUUUCCUGGCAACACAGUGAUGUUAAUGGUUUUGCGACUACGUCUAACGGUCGACCAGCUCCUACAAUCAUGAUACCUCAGAGCAGUUUAUCAUCACAUUCACAAUCACUCCCUGUUUCUCCAACCUCCCAUCCAUCUCCAACGCGUUCUAACGGUAACUCGGGUUCCUGGAAGAGUAAAGAGGUUGCGGUUCACACUUCAAUGAAUUGGAGGAAGGCCUUUGCUCUCGGAGGUAAAUCCAAGAGUCCGAAGAGUGCGCAUUCCGGCGAAAUUGAAGGCUGGUGGGAAGAUCCUGACGAUCCCGUUCACGCUUUAAAUGCUUGUGCCCCUGCUAUCCAAGAACUUUGGAAGGACCACUACGUACGUCAACGACUACAAGAAAAGGGUAUCAGAUUAGAAGAAAGCGCGGGAUUUUAUCUCAACGAGAUUCCUCGUAUUACGGCUAAAAAAUACAUCCCAACAAAUGAUGACGUACUGAAAGCGAGACUCAAGACAGUGGGCGUAGUCGAACACUCCUUCAUUAUUCCUUCGGGAGCAAAUCGUGGCGUACAGUGGAAAAUUUACGACGUUGGAGGUGCUCGGAAUCAACGUCAUGCCUGGGCGCCGUAUUUUUCAGAUGUGAACGCUAUCAUAUUUUUAGCACCGAUAUCGGCUUUUGAUCAGGUAUUGACUGAAGACCACCGUGUUAACAGACUAGAGGACUCUUUUCUCCUUUGGAAAGGCGUAAUAUCAAACAAACUACUGGCAAAUGUGAACGUCGUACUCUUUUUAAACAAAUGUGACCUUCUACAGGCUAAGCUCAGUGCCGGAGUACGGUUGAAUGACCAUAUGGUAUCAUAUGGAGACAGGCCCAAUGAUUAUGAUUCUGUGUCGAAGUAUUUCCGCAACAGAUUUGGUGCAAUACACCAGGCAGCAACACCCAACAAAGAGCGGGAGUUGUACAUUCACUUAACCGCUGUCACGGAUACCAGACGUACAGGAACCAUAAUUGCAGACGUACGGGACAUUAUCAUCAGGGGCAAUUUACGAACCCUCAAAUUGGUAUAGAAUACCUUCGAUUACGACCUUUUCCUUUCGCAGGUCUUAUUUGCAUUGGACUACUUCACUUAUACACUAAGUAUUAUUACUUUCGUGCUUUAACUUAUACAACGAUAUCUUCUGCUAAUUCCUGAUGUUUUUGCUCUAUUCGGAUGCUGUCUGUAUCAAUGCCGGUGUAUACCCAUUUCCGUUUUGCUUUCCUUGUGUAAUAAACAAACCUUCCCUUCAACUUUCCCGAUGUUUCUACUACAUACUAGCAUGCUUUCGUGUACAAAAUACACCAUUGUCCGGAUAAUGACCUCCUUGACAACUACUAAACGACACGUGGGUAU